GCCAAACCAUCGACAUUGGCCAGUCUGUGUCCUCCAACCAUGGGUGCAGCAGUUUAGGGGUGCACCGACACACACCCAGAUCAGAGGGGUUCCAUCUUUCCUUCACACACACACACACAGUGGGGUCGUUGCCGGAGGUCAAGUGAACUUUGAGGGUAGGCGGUUGUGGCCCGACAUCACUGAAGGACUUGAAGAUAGGGAUUGCGAUUCAUCCAGCGAAGGAAGCGGAUAAUGUAAAGUUUUUAUGUUUUUCAUUAAUUCGAUUAUUUUCCUCUGAUAUUAUUAUUUUUUGCUUCUACAUUCUGAUUGGAUUAUCAAAACGUUUUUGUGAAUUUCUUCAAUUCACUUGAAAGUGUUUUUUGGAUUAUCGUCUAAACCCAAUCCUGCCCUUCAAAGGAUCUUACUUCUUAUCUCAUCCUCCAGGAACAACUUAGAGGAGCUCAACCCCAUAAUAACCAACAGCGCAUCACAGACAGGCCUCAGAGUGACCACGACAACAACCUUCCCGUGACCUAAACUCCGACACAAAGCUACAAGACACCUUGAAGAAUCACACUUCACCUCAGAAACCCACUGUCUCCAUCCUCUCUCCUCCUCCACGUUCUCAUCCACCCUUCCACCCCUUACAUCCCCACUACCUAGCCCUUUCCCCUCUUGUCUUCCUCACCCCUUGCCUCUCGUCCUCUACCGUGAGCGGGCUUUGCUGGGUGUGGUGGUGAGAGAGAGCCAUGGCCCUGUUAAAAAUGCAGUUUCCCCUGCACCGGCGCGUGCGUCUGGCCCAGGGUCUGUGGCUGAUUUCCUGGAUGACUGUCCUGGCUGGGGCCUUUACCUUCAGCCUGGGUGUCUACCUAAAGACGGAGCUUCUCCGCAGGGCUGAGGUGAUGGACAACACAGAGAUCCAUGUGGUCCCCAACAUCCUGAUGCUGGUGGGUCUGGCAUCUAUAGGAAACUAUAUGUUUGCCGGGCGCAUCUGCCAGGACUCUCUGGAUCCUUCCCGCUUCCCUCGCUGGAAGCCCUUCCUGCUGCCCUGGUUUGGCUUGUCGAUGCUGCUGUGUGCUCACUUAAUUUCUGCUGUGGUGCUCAGCUACGCCCUGCAGGGUAGCCUGGAGGAGUCACUCAAGGUCGGGCUGAGGAAUGGUAUCCGGUUCUACCGGGACACGGAUGUCCCGGGCCGUUGCUUUCAGAAGGAGACCAUUGAUCGCCUACAGAUGGACCUUAGGUGCUGCGGCAACACCAACUACAGAGACUGGUUUGAGGUCCAGUGGAUCAGCAGCCGCUACCUGGACUUUACCUCCAAGGAAGUAAAGGAUCGCGUGCGGAGUAAUGUGGAUGGGCGUUACCUGAUGGACGGGGUCCCAUUUAGCUGCUGUAACCCUUCUUCGCCACGUCCAUGCUUGCAGGAACACCUGACCGACAACUCCGCCCACUUCAACUAUGAGCACCAAUCAGAGGAACUGAACCUAUACAACCGAGGCUGCAGACAGGCUCUGGUGGAUUACUACAUGGGCCUAAUGAACACCAUUGGUCCUGGCAUCCUGUCUGUUAUCUCCGUGCAGAUAACGGUGAUGGUGAGCCUGCGGUACCUGCAGACAGCUAUGGAGGGCGCGGCCGAACUGGAGAACCCAGAGGACGAGAGUGUGGGCUACAUCCUUGAGAAGGGAGUCAAGGAGACUGUGACCAAUUUCAAGGGCGCCUUCCUCAAUCUGCUGCAGCCUGGCUCGGUGGAGGUGGCCCCUGAGGCUGCAGAAGUGGAAAAUGUUGAUAAGGCAACGUCCCCGCCCGCAUCCAGCUAAACGAAAGACCAACUACAAAAAAGGGGGCAGAGAAAGCUGGCAUGGGUGGGAAGGUGCGGUUGGGGCAGGGGUGGAUGGGGUGGGGGGGCUGGGGGUGGGGGUGACGUGUGUCUGAGGCCUCUUUGUUCUCUGACCUCAUGGUGUGUUGGACACAUGGAAGCACCUGCUAUUCAUACUCCACUGAUGAGACAGCCACUGUGACACAUGGCCAAUGCAAACAGGCUCUGUGCCAAUGACACUCAAGCGCCCUCUGUGCAAGUGUUCUAGAACCCAAGAACGUUGUAGAACUCAGUGCUCUUCUGGCUAUGUGGUGGUCAGUCCAACGGGCGGAGUGUGAAUACUGUGUAAAGGGGUUUAUAAGCCCACAUGAGAUCAAGAAUAAACAAGGUCGAGACACAGAUCUGACACGUUACCAAGAUGCACCAAUGAAGAUAUACACACAGAUCCCCAUAAAAAUGUACUGUCCACACAAACAAACAUUUACCAAACAACCAUGUUAUGCAAGCACUCACACAUAGAAGACCCAUAUGCACACAAACAUGCAUGCGUACAUGCUCUUUGGAGCAUACAUUUUGAUUCAACUGAUCUGAAAUGGGACCAAUUAAAAAUUCAAUUCACACUGGCAAUGUAACUGUCACCCUUCAUGUUCUGUAUAAUUCUCAUUCAUUCCUAUUCACUAGUAGGCAUAGCAUUUGUGAUUGCAAUGCUUUCUAACAUAUAAAGUUCGCAAAAUGCAUAAGAGGUAUUAAAGUUAGACAUUUUUAACUGC